AUCAAGAAACAGACUUUCUCCGUCCUUUUGUCACCAGCGUUGCCUAUCUUUCCGUUGCUCCUGAAGCACGAGCCGCGGGCGGGACCUGACGCUUCGUGGCCUUUCCGGGAUUGCUUUUCCUUGCCAGCGAGGAACCGCGACGCGCAGCUUGGCCACGAAUGAAGUGCCAUGGGUCCUCGGCCACAGAAAGGAACGUACUCAAAGGUCAAGCCGGCCCCAAAGACAGAGGAAGAGAAAAGAAAGCAUUUCAAGCAGAGGAAGGUCAUUCCAAAGUUCAGCGACCUUUUUAUUAACAAGGAUGAAAACGAGAGUGACCCUUUUGACGCCGUGUUUGAAACUAGCAAUGCGGAUCACGGUAAACUGAAGAAGUCAAAACGCAAGGUUCCGGGUAAACAGAGAAGACCACUAACUGUUAACAACACACUGUUAAACAGUAGUCUUGGCAGUAGUCAUAACUCUGCCAAUGAUACUUUUGACAAGCUCUUGAAAGAGGCAAAACUACCCUCUGUGGUUGCAAAUAGUAGUAACCAGCUUUCAUCAUCAGCUGGAAGCUCGCUAGAAGUUGAUGGAAUCUUGUAUCAGUCCCUCUUCUCUUCAGUAGCGUGUUCGACAGCAACUGCACAAAACCAUGAUCACAAAGAAGAAACAAAGCAUGUUUUGCCCACCAAAGAAUCUAAAAAAGAUACUGAAAAUAAAAGAGCAAACAAGAGGAAAAAAGAAAGAGAAGAAAAAGGUUCAAAGAGUAAAACUGUUGGGAAUAAUGGGGGAAAGGCAUCUGCAAGGAAGAAUGCAAUAAAAGAGAUUGCAUCAGUGUUUCCCUCUGGGACUAUAUUCAAGAUACCAGUGAUUCAGCUGCGCAGAACAACCAGCUUCACCACACCUCCUGUUUGUCGAACACAGAAGAAAAUCGGUGAAGAAAAGGAGUUGGCAGAAAGCCCUUUUGAGGUCCAGAGUAAAGCCCAGGAAGUGCUCAGGCAUAAAUCCAGUGACAAAGGUGAUGUGAUAACAAGCACUCCAGCAGAUGUGAGCCGGCUGAAGGCAGUGGUGAAAGAUGGGAAAACAUGGAGCAUGCCAUCAACUCCAACCCUUGAGCACUUUAUAUCUCCAGUGCCAAAGGAAAGCUACCUUGUUGCUCUUAGUAAUUCAUCAGAUUUUGAGUCUCCGAUGUCCUUUAAAUCUAAAUCAAAUAUCCACUCAAAUCAUGAAGGUCAAAGUGAACAAUCUGCUGAAAGCAGAUAUGAGACCUGCAGCUCAGAUAUAAGUAGCAAGUCUUCAGACAGUUUACCAGCCGUGGCAUCUGAAGCAAAGGGAACCAUUUCAGCAUGCCAUCUAAAUAAAGAAAACUAUAGGGAUAGUGGGAGUGAAACAGAAAGGUUUUAUAAUAGCUCUUUGGAAUUGGAGAGCGGCCCAUUCAAAGGGGUUGUUAUACCAUCUCAUGACCGUACCAGAGCACGUAAAAGUAGUUUUGGUCUUGCUGAAAGCAGUGAACCAGAAACUAGUGUUGAGCUUAGCAGUAUCAUAGGUUUAAGGAAUGUAGGCACUGCUAGAACUCUGAAAAAUAAAGUCACUACUAGAAAAAAGAAAGCUGCUGCUGUUGAGAUUAGAAACAAAUUUGAAUCUUCAGCAGACCUCUCCAAUUUAGAAAGAUCUUUAGCUCACCUGUACAAAAGAAAUGGGCAGUUGACUAUCUCUAAACAAAAUCUAAGAAUAAACACUAAGCAGUUAGGCUCAAAAUUGUCUCUUAAAAAAUCUUGGGCAAAGCCUUCUCCAGUUCUGACUAGACUAAGGCAGAAAGCUCCCAGACAAACUAAGAUUUAUGAUAUCUCUUUGGACAGUGUAGUGUCAGCACAAGAAAAUUCAAAAAGCAAUUCCAAAAGUCAGUUAUCAGGCACGGAAAAAUCCUUAGUCAUAGGGAGACGGAAAAGAAUAUCUAAAGAGGCAGGUUGUGUGAAGAAUCGCAUUCAACUGGAUACCUCGGACACAGACACUUCUCUUGUCAUUCCAAGAAGACCUCCUAAGAAGCUGAGUGUUAGAAAAAAAGUGAAGGAUAAUACUUCCUUGAAACCAUCAAAAAGAAAUAGCCAGUUCAUGUCUGAUGCUGAUUUAAGCAGUGUCAGUGUGGCUGAAAAUUCACAGGUGAAGAGGAGAAGUGGAAGAUUACUAGCCAUGAAGCGACAGACAUUUGUGCCGUCUCCAAAGUUAUUGAGAAGGAAAUAUGCAAAGUUGUGCAAAAAUCAUUUGGAAGAAAGUGCAACCAAGUUGCAGUGUGAGAAUGAAAACCAUAUUAAUACAAGUAGAAUUCAUAAUCAGACUGAUCUAAGAGAACUCAGUCUGAAAAACUUAAGCAGGAUGUCUGCUAAAAGUGUGCAGGUUUUAGAGGCCACUGCCAUGAGUUUUGGUUCAGUAGAUACUACAGUAUUUACGGACUUCCAGACCAGAAAAGAGAGGAGAGGUAACCAGUUAGUCUACUGUAAACUAGAAUCAAGUGGAGACAUGUUUGAUACCUCAGAUACCCAUAUAUCAGAAGUACACAAUGAAGAGUCAGAUGGUUUUGAGGAACCACAAGUUAUUGAUAAAGAUCUUGAGAAUUCAGAGCAAACAAGUUCAGAUGAAAAAGAUGUAGAUUCUCUAGAACAGACACCACCUAGUGGGGAUUCCUGUCCCUUGGUUGAAAGCAGCAUUCAUGAGAAUUCUCUUCUGGAACUAGAGGAAUUGGAAGAUGUAUGCAGAAGCGUGAAAGUACAGUGUAUGAUUCCUGUGAAGGGAGGCAAGGGCUGGAGACGAUCCUGUCUUAGCAUGGCUGCAGCAAAGAUCCCUCACCGACAGGAUGAAACAGGCAUCCGUCGUCAGACAGUACAUACUGUUUCCGAUGGGCACAGACGAAGAACUGGGAGGCGGAUAUCAGCUAUUCCUCAGGAUAUAAGUAGACACAUACAACAGAUGGGAACUGCACAUAAAGUGGAUAUGCACUCUUCACAUCACACAAGCUUCCAUGCAGUGGUCAGCAGUGAUGCCUCUGAACCUGCCAUACCCUCUGACCCCAGGGAGUAUGUUCUCAAGCUGUGCAGUCAAGUUGCUCCCGUCCCCAUUGAUGAGUGUUUCACAGAGAGCCGUCUCGUCAGUUGUAAGAAGAUCGGAGAGGGUGUAUAUGGGGAGGUUUUCAUGACACGGCCUAACCCAAACAACCUUGAGGGGGCAACCGUCCUCAAAAUCAUGCCCAUCGAAGGAGAUUUUGAAGUUAAUGGAGAACCACAGAAGAAGUUUGGGGAGAUUGUCUCUGAAAUUGUCAUAUCCCUGGAACUGAGCAAUUUAAGAAAAUCUGAAAAUGAGCCAAAUUGGACAGAAAACUAUGUAAAUGUGCUAAACUCUUGGUGUGUCCAGGGUUCUUAUAUACAAGAUCUUCUCAACAUGUGGGAUGUAUACAAUGAAGAAAAAGGUUCCGAAAACGACCGACCGGACCUCUUCCCUGACUCACAGCUCUAUAUUGUGUUGGAGUUUGGACACGGUGGAGGCGAUUUGGAGAGCUAUGUGUUCAAUAAUGCCGGUGAAUCACUGGCUGUAUUCUUGCAGAUUGCUUACAGUUUGGCAGUGGCUGAACAGGAGUUGGAAUUCGAGCACCGUGACCUCCACUGGGGCAACGUGUUAGUAGCACCCACAAAAGAAUCUAUGAUGGACUUCAGGGUAUCAGGAGCCACUUACAGGCUACCCACAAAGGGACUGAAGGCUACUGUGAUUGAUUUCACCCUAUCACGUCUUCAUUUAAAACAUUGUGUGAUGUACAAUAACCUUGGAGAAGAUCCCUCAUUAUUCACAGCAGAAGGAGAUUAUCAGUUUGAAAUAUAUAGGCAGAUGAGAAAAGCAAAUGGAAAUGACUGGGAGAAAUUCACACCAUACACCAAUGUUCUGUGGCUUCAUUACAUUUUAGACAAGAUGAUUGGCGAAUGCUAUUACAAGAAGGUGAAGACAAAAGUCCACUCCAGUAAUCUUGCCCAACUUCGGAAACUCAAAGGAAAGAUGCUGAGCUGUGAAAGUGCGACAGAUUUUGUUUUCCAGAGAGAGAUGAAUAUUUAGUGAUUGUAUUUGUUUUUUCGCAUUCCUUUCCUCCUUCAUGAAUGUCCUUCUCAUGAAGCUUUAAGAAGAUUCAGCUGUUUAGGUCAAGAAUAAGUGGAUAGCCUUGUUUUUCUAUUCUGCUCACUGUAAAUUGAAGUGUAAAUUUGUAAAUAUAUACUUUUUAUUA